AUGACGUGAAGAUAUCUGGAAUUAUCUUGAGUAUUAACUUGAAUAUCUUAAAGACAAAAAAAUGAGAAAAAAAAGGAAAAGAAAAGGGAGAAACCAAACAGGCAGAAAAAAUGAAACAGCCCACGACUUCGCUGGUCCAACAACAACAACACCAUCACAUUACCUUCGUGCUCUACGAAAUCAUCACCUUCUAUCCUCCCAUGAUGCUGCGCAAUCUGGGAAUCCGCGACGAAAUGGGCAACCCGGUUACAAGGAAGGAGUUUUUUUUUAAUUUUCUUUUUUCUUUAUCUUUCGUGUUUCCUUCUUCUUCUAUUUUCUGCACUUGAUUAACGAAAUUGGACGACAUGAGAUCCAUGCCAUCAAUCCAGGCGGGGACGGAGUUAUGGGUCAAGAGUCGAUGAAUAUUCCUCUUCUAUUUUUCU